GUCUUAUCCUUAAUCCAUCUUUUUUCCUCUUCUUUUGAGGACAGGUUUCGUGGAGAGGAGAACGAAGACGUAGCGUAGGUUAGUCGACCUGUGGCUUGAUGGGUCGCCAUGAAGAGGAAAGGUUGCUGUUGGAAGGCAGACUUACAGAGCCGGAGGGCAGCCUCUAUACAGGAGAUGGUUCAGUCGAUGUCAAGGGAAACCCUGUUUUAAAAAGCAAUACUGGAACUUGGAGAGCAUGCCCCUUUAUUCUUGGCAACGAGUGUUGUGAACGCCUAGCCUAUUAUGGAAUAGCUACUAAUCUUGUCAGUUACCUCACAAAAAAGUUGCAUCAAGGAAAUGCUUCAGCUGCCAGAAAUGUUACUACGUGGCAAGGCACUUGCUACCUCACUCCCCUUAUUGGUGCUGUCUUGGCAGAUGCAUAUUGGGGAAGAUAUUGGACUAUUGCGAUCUUCUCCACUAUAUACUUCAUUGGAAUGUGUACAUUGACUCUUUCAGCAUCAGUCCCUUCUUUGGAGCCUGUUGAAUGUGUUGGUGCUAUGUGCCCUCCAGCCACCCCUAGUCAGUAUGCCUUUUUCUUCAUCGGGCUUUAUCUGAUCGCACUUGGAACUGGAGGCAUCAAACCAUGUGUUUCAUCUUUUGGGGCUGAUCAGUUUGAUGACACAGAUCCAAAGGAGAGGGUGACCAAGGGAUCCUUCUUCAAUUGGUUUUAUUUCUCUAUCAAUAUUGGUGCAUUAGUUUCAAGUUCAUUAAUAGUAUGGAUUCAAGAUAAUAGGGGCUGGGGACUAGGGUUUGGCAUUCCUGCGCUAUUCAUGGGUGUUGCUAUCAUUAGUUUCUUUCUUGGAACUCCCCUUUAUAGAUUCCAGAAACCAGGUGGAAGCCCUAUUACAAGAAUGUGCCAGGUUGUGGUUGCAUCGUUUCGUAAGUGGAGUCUGCCCGUUCCUAUUGAUAGCUCGCUCCUUUAUGAAACUCCUGACAAGGAGUCGGCAAUCAAGGGAAGCCGGAAACUCGUUCAUACGGAGGAAUUGAAGUGUCUCGAUAAAGCUGCUGUACUCUCACCUAUUGAAAACAGCACCGGGAACUACAACAAUCCUUGGAGACUAUGCACCGUGACACAGGUAGAAGAACUGAAAAUCUUGAUACGAAUGUUCCCGAUCUGGGCAACUGGGAUUGUUUUCUCGGCCGUUUACGCCCAGAUGUCGACCAUGUUUGUAGAACAAGGGAUGAUGAUGGACACGAGAAUCGGUUCAUUCAUCGUUCCCGCCGCAUCUCUUUCUGCUUUUGACGUCAUAAGUGUCAUCUUCUGGGUACCUGUUUACGACCGAAUCCUUGUCCCCAUAGCACGGAAAUUCACAAAUCAAGGGCGAGGAUUUACUGAACUGCAACGAAUGGGCAUCGGUCUCUUCCUCUCCGUCCUUUGCAUGUCCACUGCAGCUUUGGUCGAAACAAAACGUCUCGAUAUCGCAACAUCACUCGGUUUAAUCGACCAAAAUACUCCAGUUCCGAUCAGUAUCCUUUGGCAAAUACCACAGUACUUCUUAUUAGGUGCUGCUGAAGUGUUUACGUUUAUCGGGCAACUCGAGUUCUUUUAUGACCAGUCACCUGACGCUAUGCGUAGCUUGUGUAGUGCGCUUUCUUUACUGACAACGUCCUUAGGGAAUUACUUGAGUUCAUUCAUUUUGACUCUGGUGACAUCGAUUACUACUCGGGGUGGGCAGCUUGGAUGGAUACCAGAUAACUUGAAUCAGGGCCACCUUGAUCGGUAUUUCUGGGUUUUGGCUGGGCUAAGCUUCGUGAACAUGGUGGUUUACAUAUUCUGUGCUAAGUUAUACAAGUCGAAAGCGGCUACAUAGCUUUUAUUGUUUGGUCGUCUAGAUUUAGGUAAGAAAUACAAGAGUAGCAGUUCACCAUUGUGUAAAACAAUGAUGAUUCUGUAUCGAUAUCAUAGUCAUAAAACAGAAGAUAGCUUUGCAAACUUUCCAACAAUCAUUGCUUAAAUGUUUACAUUGUUCCUAUAUCUGAAUGAUUGAUUAUUCCCAAAGAUUGUCUCUAAAUCUCUCAUGCAGGCUGAUUCAUAUUAAUUUUUCUGU